AACCAACAAAUAUUUUCUCACCGAUCGGUUCAAUUCAGUUCAGUCUUCCAGCGCACGUUACGUGGUUAGCAUCGUCAUAGAAGACACGUAAUUUCUUGAAGACGGUAUAACUAAAAUAGAACGAAUAAAAAGAAUAUACGAAGAUGUUAUGUUACUGCAGCGUCGCCAUUAUAGCUUUACUUUACAUACUAUUUGACGUCAAUUAUUUCAUCAGGAUUGCAUUUGUCAUUGGUUACGGUAGACUUUUCCAAAAACGUAAGAAGAUCUUUGAGAAGACGACGAUCUAUGGUUUGUGCACGGCGCAAGAUGUCGACAUCUUUCUCAAGCACAUGAACAAUGCCAGAUAUCUUCGCGAACUUGAUUUUGCACGGUUCCAUUAUUACGAUCGAUCUGGAAUUUAUGGUGCCAUUGCCAAAAGAGGUGGAGGUGCUGUCCAGGGUGCAUCGUCUGCUAGAUACCGUCGAGCUAUUCCCAUAUUCACAGCAUACAAGGUCACAACUCAGCUCAUUUACUGGGACGACAGAAAUUUCUACCUGGAACAUCAGUUCAUCAGUCUUUCGGAUAAUUUCGUGAGAGCUGUGGUUCUCAGUAAACAGAGUGUUACUGGGCUCAAGGUCACAGUACCGGAAAUUAUUGCUGAUGUUGAGCCGGAAGCUAAGCGACCAGAACUUUCGAAGGAAUUAAGUCUCUGGCUGGAAUCUAUGGAGGAAUCGUCCAAAAAGUUGAAGAAGCAGAAUUAACGUAAAAACGAUUUGGGCACUAUAUCUUCUUCGUAUAUUUAUCACUUCCUCGUACAGCAUAUAAAUCCUAAGAUCAUGUUUAAGAUGCCUAAAAGACAAUAACUUUGGCAUGAGGCGUCUUAAAAAUGACCUUUGGACAGUAUGUGUUACCUGGGUUGUUUUUUAAUAUAUUUAUAACUGAAAACGUCUUAAGAGCCAAUGGAAGGUUAACAUUCAGCAACAUAACGACUAUUGAUUGGUCGUUGGGUUACUUUUAUUUAAACGUGUUCUUAGAGCCGAGAUAUCAAUACUAUGGUACUUAGUUUAUUUAAUUUUGUUUCUUUUUUUGGGUAUAAUUGUUAUUGAUGUUUUGUUAUGCUGUUUUUGUUUUAUACUGAUCAAUAUUCUUGACUGAUUUUAUUGUAGUCAUGUUAUUUACAAUGAAUUUUUUUAACUAUAUAA